CGACGUGUUUCCGGUGGGAUGCGUAGCAGUGGGAGGCGGAGCAAAGAGUCUGGCUUGGACAGAUCCGGACUGGGCUAAGAGUCUUCCCUUGGAUUUUCCCCUUCUCCGAGGAGCUACGGGGAAGAGGCCUUUAGGGCCCAGCCCACGGCCGCAUCCGCUUCUCCUCCAGCAGGAGCCCGGAGUGCGAGGAGGCAAGGUCAGGCCAGUCCGAGCCCAGGGACCGACGGGUCCAAACCGCUCCCAGGACGAGCCAUCCUGAUUAUGACAUCACAACCAUCCCCUUGGUGAUGGAGCUCAUCAUCAGAAUGGAAGAAUGAGUCUGAGCAUAACGUACAAGAUGGGUUACUGGGAGCAUAUCAUGCGAGGCACUGAGUGGAGCCGUGAGGGGGCUGGAGCCUUGUGAACAGGGACCCUGCCCCACGCCACCUGCCAGGUAAAGACAGACCAUUGGCUCAAGACCAUGCUGGCUUAGUCUCUGUGAUGAGACAUGGGGUAUGAUGUAGCCCGUUUCCAGGGGGAUGUUGAUGAAGACCUUAUUUGUCCUAUCUGCAGUGGAGUUCUGGAGGAGCCAGUACAGGCCCCUCACUGUGAGCACGCCUUCUGCAAUGCCUGCAUCACCCAGUGGUUCUCUCAGCAGCAGACGUGCCCGGUAGACCGAAGUGUAGUGACAGUUGCCCACCUGCGCCCCGUCCCCCGGAUCAUGCGGAACAUGCUGUCAAAACUACAGAUUGCCUGUGACAACGCUGUGUUUGGCUGCAGUGCCGUUGUGCGGCUGGACAACCUCAUGUCUCAUCUCAGUGACUGCGAGCACAACCCCAAGCGGCCUGUCACCUGCGAGCAGGGCUGUGGCCUGGAGAUGCCCAAAGAUGAGCUGCCCAACCACAACUGCGUUAAGCAUCUCCGCUCAGUGGUACAGCAGCAACAGACUCGUAUUGCGGAGCUAGAGAAGACGUCAGCUGAGCAUAAGCACCAGCUUGCAGAGCAGAAGCGGGACAUUCAGCUGCUGAAGGCGUACAUGCGUGCUAUCCGUAGCGUCAAUCCCAAUCUGCAGAACCUGGAGGAGACCAUUGAAUACAAUGAAAUCCUGGAGUGGGUCAACUCCCUGCAGCCAGCACGGGUGACACGCUGGGGUGGCAUGAUCUCCACGCCGGAUGCCGUGCUGCAAGCAGUCAUCAAGCGCUCUCUGGUGGAGAGCGGCUGCCCAGCCUCCAUAGUCAAUGAGCUCAUUGAAAAUGCCCACGAGCGAAGCUGGCCCCAGGGCCUGGCUACCCUAGAGACACGUCAGAUGAACCGGCGCUACUAUGAGAACUACGUGGCCAAACGCAUCCCUGGCAAGCAGGCAGUGGUGGUGAUGGCCUGUGAGAACCAACACAUGGGGGAUGACAUGGUGCAGGAACCAGGGCUUGUCAUGAUAUUUGCGCACGGUGUGGAGGAAAUCUAGGAAAACACAGCAAGACUAUAAAGUGAGAAGGAAACCUGAACCCCCACCACUCCACUGGGCAUGUCCCUCUCACCCCCAGUUGCCUAUAUUCAAGCCCCAGCUUCCCACUCUAUACUGGCACUAAAGUGCCCCAGGGCAUUAGUUUCUUCCUCCCUCAUACCUCUAGCCCCGUGUGCCCAAGAGGGAGGUCCAGAUGUGGAUGCUAUUACUCUUACCUCCUUCUCCCCCAAAUUUCUGUACAUUUUCAGUCUGAUUGGAAGGGUCCCCACCUCUACUUGCCCUAGGUCCAGAUGUUUGCACAAGGCACAAAAACGUCCAUUGCUCCUAGAGGAGAGGGUGAGGUAUAGCACCACCUCAGACCAAGGGGUUGGAGCAGGUAGGCAUUCUGGUCCUCAGCAGGAUUGAUGGGGAAAUGUGAAGGGGUGAGGCAAGGUCAGAAGAAAAGACAUAGGAGUGGUGAGUGAUGCCAAAUGGAAACUGAUCAGCUCUGGUGACUGGGGAUUGGGUGGGGAUGGUGCUCAUGACCUCUGUGCCAAGUGGGAAUCUUUCUCUCCACCCUUGGGGAGGGCGAAGGGCAGAUUUUAGCUGAAUGGGUUGGGGAGUGGGUACUGAAAUGUGUCAGCAGGGCUUCUCUUCCGUCCUCCCCUUUUCAUAAAUAGAAUGAUGGAUUCUGGGAGUUUGGGGGUGGGGGGGUGGGUUGGUGCAGCCAGGAAAGAGCCCUUCCCUGCCUGGCUUUUGCCAAAAUAGGGUGAGCUGAUGUCCUUUAUGGUUAGGGCAACAAUGGUAGUUUCCAGAGUCCCCCUCCCCCUCCCUUGUGAUUGUGGUUCAGUAUUUUUUGUAAUAAUUUGCUUUUAGGUUUUGUUCUGUUUGUAUAUCUCUCCAUUUGGUGAGUUUUGUUAAAAAAAAAAAAGAGUGAGUCACCUCUGGCCUUUCUCAUUUCCCACUCAACCAAGUUUUGGGUGUUUAAUUUAUUUACAUUAUUUUUUUCUUUCUUUUUUUCUGGGCCCCCCCCCCAAAAGACCAAAAAGGCUUCCCUUUUCUCCUCCUCAUCCACACUUCCUUCCCAAACCCAUGAGAAUUAAAAACAUCAUUCCUUUGCUGUUCCUCUUGUGGGGGGAUCAUCCUGGAUGUGAGGGUUGGGGUGGGCCCUGUUCUUCCCCUUCUUUACCUCUGAUUUUUUGCUUGAGCAUAGGUGAACACAAUGACCUUUGGCUGGUUAAGAGAGCUAUCUAUGUGUCUACUCUCCAGCCCUGAUUUCCCAGAUUAGUCUUCUGUUUAACCCCCAUUAAAGUCUAUUGAAAGACCAACAUGUCUCAGCCAUUUGGAAAGCUGGAGCCUCUGGCCUUCUCACCCUGAGACUCCUUGGAGUUUGUAGCAUUAGUUUUUGAAGACGAGCUUCUCUUUUCCCUUGAGUUGUGAGGCUGGGUUUGGGCAAGCUACUAUAGCCACUUUGUCAUUGGUUAGGUUCAAGUUGGUCACCCAGGGCAGCUCUCGGACUCUGAACUGGCUGCUGGUUGCUUGGAAGCUGGUGGGUGGACAAUUGUUUUCCUUCUCAAGGCACAGCUUGAGGUCAGUCCUUUCAUAUCCAUUUAGUUUCUCUUGUCUUUGGUAUUUUCUAUGUAGGCCUGCUUGCAGUUGGUGGGUGGCCCCCCUUCUAGGGGUGUCUCUAGAACUGGACAGGACAGGCAUGUGUUCUAGCUCCCAUCAGAAGCUCAGAAAUUAGAAGAAGCUUUUCUACCAGGCGUAAUUACUGUAGCUAGUAAGUUUCCUGCUAUCUGACCCACAAGACUCAUGCCAUCUUUCUCUUGAAACCCAAAAAUUAAUCUGGAAUCAUGAUUCUGGCAGUCUCCAUCCCUCACGCUGGUGUCUACAGGUUCUGGCUAUAUUUGUGUUCAUGGUGUUGACUGCAUUCCUAAUAAAUCUUUUACUCUACUCACCAAAUUUUUAAUUCAGCCUUUUUACCAGGGUUUCUCCUUUGCCCUUUAUUUCUCCCCUUUUUAACUCUUUGAUGCUACUUUGCUUUAUAACCUGUUUUGGUCUCCAGUGUGUAAGUUUCUAAAGGUCACGCUUUUUUUUUUCUUUUUGAGGGGAUGUGUAUGUGCAUGUGACGUUUUUGGGUGCUUUUCUUAAAUCCCUUUCUCUUUUGCCGCUACUUACAUGUUUAUAACACAGACUGGUAUCUUUACCUUCAUACAAUCCCCUUGUUUUUAGCUGUGAAUCAUAUAUCCAAGGCCUCGAAUCCUAACUUGACCCUCCCUGUCUCUAAUUGAUACCUACAAUGCGAACUUCCCCCCCUUCUGUCACCUUUGCUUUGGCUACCUACUUUCUAUACUAAAGAAGGGAACUGUGACCCCCUUUCACUUGCCUUGAUCAUUCUUAUAGAAUGAAGAGGCAACCUGAGGAUACAAUAAAUAGCAGCU